AUGAGAGCUACGCGCCAAUUGUUCAUGUUCAAAAACCAUUUAAUGCGGAGACACUUCCACAAUGUUACUAUUGGAAGUAAGUAUUCGGCAUCUUUCAAGCAGUAUUUGCAGCUAGACAACGGCGAAAUUGGCUCAUACUUCCAUGAUGUGCCACUGGGACUCGAUGUAGCCAAGAGAACAUGCAACAUGGUGGUCGAGGUGCCCAGGUGGUCCAACGGAAAAUUCGAAAUCAGCAAAUCAGAACCUUUCAAUCCAAUCACUCAGGACAUUAAAAAGGGCAAGCCUCGGUUCGUAAACAACAUCUUCCCCUACCAUGGCUAUAUACACAACUAUGGUGCCAUCCCCCAGACGUGGGAACAGCCAGUUAUCGAGGUUUUGCCCGGCUUAAAAGGAGAUAACGACCCGUUGGACUGCUGCGAAAUAGGGUCUAGCAUCGCGCGAAUGGGUGACAUCAAACAAGUCAAGAUAUUGGGCUCAUUGGCACUCAUCGAUGACGGAGAACUCGACUGGAAAGUCAUCUGCAUCGAUGUGGAAGACGAAUUGACUCCCAAACUCCAUACUCUCGCUGAUGUCGACAAGUACAUGCCCGGUCUACUGGACGCUACAAGAACUUGGUUUAGAGACUACAAAAUCCCCACAGGAAAACCACCAAACCAAUUCGCAUUCAACGGAGAGUACCAAGAUGUGGCUACCACCCUCGACACAGUACAGGACUGUCACAAUGCCUGGUCAACCUUGGUCAGCGACGAAGUGAAGACCGAUGACCAAAAGAUCGAACUUCCUACCAUAGUGAGAGCAGGCACACAAAUCAGAAUCGAGGCAGAUGAACAGCCAGAAACGCCUAUCCCUCGAGAAGUGGAAAAGUGGUGGUACUUGUGA